GGGGGCUGUUUCACGAAGCAGGUUUUGCAAACUCUGGGUUAAAACUUGAACUCUGAGUUGAUUAACUCUGAGAUGUCAACCUCUGAGUUUUUGGUUUCAGAACAGGUGAUAACUAUUAGUUUAUAAAACUCUGAGUUCAAUUAACCCUGAUUGUCACGCGUGCACGAGCACAUAAAAAGGCUCUAUCAAUGGCAUCCAGAGAAAAUGAUUCACCAUGACAACACAGGGAAACAAAUCUCGCGCUUCCAAUUUCACCCCAGUGGAGCUUGAAUUAUUAAUGAUGGCGUAUGCUGAAUACGAGCAUGCCAUAUCAAAAAAAGGAAACACGAUUGUUGCUGCGAAAGAACGGGAACAAGCGUGGCAGAAAAUAGCUGACCGAGUGAAUGCGUGUAACCCAACCGGCAUAAAGCGCACUUGGCAGCAAAUAAAGAUGAAGUAUAAAAAUAUAGUACAAACAGCCAAUAGGAAAAAGGCAGAGGCCCGAAAAACUGGUGGGGGUCCACCACCAACACCUCUCACAGAGGCUGAAGAGAUGGCUCUCAGCCAAAACACUGGCCGGCCCAUGGCUGAUGGCAUCCUUGGAGGAAGUUCCUCCGAUACAGCCAUGCCCCAGGACAGAAGUUCAUACAGAAGAAAGCAAUGCAGAGAAUCUCCAGGGUGAACCGACUGCAUCCACAGCCACAGCUCAGCCUACCUCUGUAAGAUGCUGCAGUAUUUGCCUGCCAGUUAUUGCAAUAUUGGAUUAAGAAUCAUUCUUCUCAUGAAAUGAAAAUGUCGUUAGCUACAAGUGUCUAUUUUCUAAGUUAUAUUCAUAGUUGUACAAUUUUCACAGUGCAAUACUGCCAAGAUGUAACAUUGUUCUGUAUUCUAAUAGCUCCCUGUAAAGCAGUUGUACAAAAUAUACCUUGAGAAACAAAUUGACAAAUCGGAUCUGGAAAUGGAACACAUUAAACAAAAAAUGCAGAAAACCCUAAUAGACAUACAAAUAUUGGAACAUCACUUAAAGGUGGGUAGUGGCACAAGUUGAUGGAUCGUUAACUGUCUUUCAAAACCAAAUAUUAAAAUACUGUUUUGCAUAUUCAAUUACAGGAAAUAAAGAAGAGUGCAUAAAA